GCAUCCUCUCACACCAUCAUCAUCACAAUGGCAGCAGCAGCGAAGCGUAUUGCAGUCAUCUGGGGUGCUGGCCCGGGCACCGGCGCGAGCAUUGCCCGCGCCCUAGCAAAGACGCACCACCUCGUGCUCCUCAGCCGCUCCCUCCCCGGCUCCCUCCCCCUCCUCAAGCUCGACACGAAGCCCGAGGACCUCGUGGCGGCGACAUACGACGGCAGCGCGGCGUCGAUCGCUGCGGCCAUUGACGUGGGCAAGAAGAAGUGGCCUGGCGCGAGCAUCGACGUCGGCAUCGUGCAUGCCUCUGCGCAGAUGAAGCCUGGGAGCUUUUUGGACCACUCUGCCGAGGACUUUGCGACGAGCUUGAGCGCUGUCGCCGGCGCAUGGGACUUCUCGCAGGCCCUCAUCCGCGACUUCCUCGCCAACGAGCACUUCCCCAAGGGAACGCUCCUGUUCUCCUCGGCGACCGGCGCAUGGCGCGGCGGCGCGCGCUUCAGCGUUGUUAGUCCGGCAGUCUUUGCGCGCCGCUCGCUCUCGCAGAGCUUGUCGCGCGAGUUUGCCCCGCAGGGCAUCCACGUCGCCAACGUCAUUAUCGACGGCGUGAUUGAUAUCCCCCGCGUGCGCGAGCGCUGGGGCGAGCAGAAGGAGGAGGGCACGCGUCUCGACCCCGAGGACAUUGCCCAGGUCUACGUCGAUCUGAUCAACCAGAAGCCCACGGCGUGGACGCAGGAGCUCGACGUGCGCCCGUGGAAGGAGAAGUGGUAGUCGUGUUGUACUGUAGGAUAGCGUUUGAAGUG